AAUGUCAACAUUGCAAAAUAAACAGUAAACAUUUGCUAAAGUCACGAGAGUCUUAUUUAUUGUUUUUACAAAUAAGCACAGUGGUUAGUAAAGUCUUUUUAUGUCAAGUAAUGUGUUGAAAAUAACUAGCAUCGAAUUCUAAAUGGAAUUGUUAGCCGGAUUCUAAAACGUUAUAUGUUCCAAGUGAUUUAGGUUUCUACAAUAAAAUGGGAAAUAGUCUAUUUAGCAGCUCAGUUAAAAAAAAAGUGUCUAAAAAUGAAUUGGCUUAUGAUGAAUUCAUUUCAAAAUGUUGUGGUGAAAUAAGCUAUAAUAUUGGAAGUGAUUGGUUGCGAUGGGGAAGACACCUCGGUCUAAGUGAUUCAGAUCUUGAUAAUAUUGGCUCUGAUAACAAAAAUUGUUAUGAGAAAGCUGAUAAUAUUUUAAAAAAAUGGAAGCAAAAAAAUGGAAAUCCUUUAUGGGAGCAAUUAAAAAAAGAAUUAACGGCUUUUGAUCGUUUAGAUAUUGUGUAUAAAAUUAAAACAAAAUUUGAAGAUACCUUAUCAAGUCAAGGAAAAGUUAGCACUAUUGAAUGUCGAAUUCCUCAUGGUUGUGUUUUUAAGUUUGAUUUACUUGAAGAUGAAAUUUGUAGCGAAGUCGAAUUCCAAUUAAACAGUGUUGUUAAUAAUUGGACAGCUAUUAAUAAUAAGAAACAAGGAUUUCAAUAUUAUUUAACAAAAAAAAAGAAUGCGACAUUGUUUGUGAAAGUAGAAAAGUUAUUAUUUGAAAAUGAAACACUUAAUUUUAAGUUUUCAUUUCAAGGUUUAAAAAAAACAUUCUUUCAACAUUUUUGUUCAGUUAAUAUUAUAGGUAAUUGCAACUAUGAGUUAAUCUAUAAUGGGUUGUGUGUUGCAACACCUGAACCAAUUUCCAACAACGGGUUUAGACAAAAUGUAAGAACAACAAAUUCUUUGGAUUGGAGAGAGACAAACAAUAUUUGUUUAGAUAAAAUACCUAAUAAUAAAUCAAUAGAGUUAAUUGCAUUAGAUUAUUUUAAUAGAAAUUUUUCUGAUUGUAAUGAUGUUAUUUAUGUCACUUCUUCUAUUGCUGACAAUGAUAAUUUAGUUGCUUCCAAGUUUAUUGAAAUAUUUACUGUGAAUUGUACGGGUAUACGUGCUGUACUACCUGGUUACCGUUUACGUUAUCAUGCAUCUCUUUUAAAGUGCAAUGUUGAAAAGUUUACUAAUUAUAAUGAUGAAAAUAGACUAACAAUUUUUGUCUCUGAACUCAACCUUGUUAUAAUUGCUCGUGUUGCUACUUCAAUAUAUUGCCUCAAGCUAGAAUCUGAACAGUGUUUAAAUGAUGUCAUAUUAUUUGUUAAUGUUAACAAUCCUCUAAUUGAUACUAAUAAACUAAUUAUUUUGGGAGUUGUAGUUUUACCGUUACAUGAUCGUAAACAUUUGAAAGAAGAGUUAUUUUAUCACUUCUCAGAGGAUUUUGAUUUAGAUAAAAUUUUGUUUCUAUGUAAAGAUGACAUUGAAGAUGAGAAUUUUGAAAGUUGGUGGAGAUUAGUUGUAGCUUACUGCAUUAAAAAAGUAAAUCCAAAAAAUAAUAGUGAAGUACUAUUUAAAAAACUCAUCAGUUUAACUAUGAUGUCAAUGUCUAUAGUUGACCAUUGCUAUCCCACAUUAGAAUCAGAUACUCAAAAACAGAUACAAUCAUUGGUUCUUAAUGUUGAACAAAGAAAUGCAAUCAAUGACAAAGCUUUGAAAAAAAUCAUCACUGGAGGAUAUGGUUCAGGUAAAUCUAUAGUAGGAAAAGAGAUUGUUAAAAAUUGUAUUUCUCAUAAGUCACAAAUUCCUUUGACCCUAUUUUAUAUAUGUUGUAACCAUUUUUCAUUGUAUGAAUGCCAUAUGAAAGAGUUUGUUGACAGUAUAGAGAAAUCUUCAAAUGUUAAGGUUGUCUGUGAUAAUUUGUAUGAGUUGUGGAAAAAAAUGUGCAAAAACAAAAGCACUUCAAGCAAUUACAUUUCAAUACCAAAAUUGCUAGAGUAUUUAGCGAGCACCAACGGUAACAAAGUAUGUUUUGUACUUGAAGAACUUUCUGAAGAGUAUGUUAAAGAAGAAGAUGCAGCUCAACUUAAACAUUUGUUUGCAUCUGUAUUAAAAGAUUCUUUAGUCGUUUUUAUUCCUGAGAGUAUUACAAAGAAUCGAGAAUUGAUAGCAAAUAAACAAAAGCGUACAAUACAAAGAAAUUACUUUCAAGAAGAAAUAAUAGGAAUGAAGGUCAUAUCUCUAAAUAAAUCAAUGAGAGUUUCGGAAUGCAAUAAACUAUUAAUAGAUAUUGCUCAAAAAACUAUUUGUGAAACAAAAAGUGUUUUAAACAUUCCAAACACUAACUUUAAAAUAUUGGAAGAAGGUAAAGAAAAUAAUUUGUUUAGAGUUAAAGAUAAGCAAAUUGAGGAAGAGAAAGAUUUUCAAAGUUUGCAUAUGUUGACAUAUGAUUCUAGAAAUAAUUCUAAAAAUGUAACACCUAAUUUUAUAGAAAACUAUGUAAAAGAUGAGGAAAAAAUAGAUGACACGCCACAUUAUGACUUAAUUGACACCAUUAAGGUAAAUAAAGAUAUUAAUUAUGCAUCUGUCAUAGUUAAAAAAGAUAACAGUUAUGCAUCAAAUAUUACUAAUGAUGAAACUGUUAAUAAAUUUAAAGACUCAACAGAUUCAAAAAUUACUAACAAAACUGUUGAAAUUACUAACAAAACUGUUACUAGCAAAACUGUUAAAAACUUUACAGACUAUAAAUCAGAUCAGUCUCCAGAGAAAUUAGAAAACAAGAUUAUUGAUACAAUUUUUAAUGAUUUUCAUGACAAUGAUUUAGAUUACAUGGCAAAGCUAAUAACAAAAAGUAUUAGUAAUAUUGAUCCAAAAUGUCAUAUGGAGACUGAAUAUGUUUUCAAAUCUGGUAAAAUAGGCCACUCAAUUAAAGGAGAAAAACCCAAGGUUGUGUAUUUACCUUUUCAUGAUAUAACAGACAAGCAAUCUGUUAAAUUGUUAUCCAUUGUAUUAGAAAAAAUUUGUUUUAAUGUAUUAAGAAAAACUGUGGUUAUAUGCAACAAUAUUGAAGAAGUGCAAUCUGUUGCAUAUGCAAUAGAUACAAUUAAAAAUUUUAAAGCAGUAACAUAUUCACCACAUAUGCAGAAAUACUCUCCAACAUUAGAGGCAAAAUUUAAAAUUCAUAAUAAUUUAAGAAGUGAACUGGACAUUCUUGUAACUGACUGCAAAGGGUUUUCAGGAGCGGAAUCUGAAUCUGUAAUUGUGUUUGUAAGUCCAGAAGAGAUUUAUCUUCGUCAUGUUUUUAUCGAUGCUAUUUCAAGAUCAAACUCAUAUUUAACUGUGUUUGUUAAGAGUUACAGUUGUAUCAAAGAGCUUUUAAAUAGUGACAAUACUAUCGGAAAUGUAUUAAAAUUUUGGUCAGAAGAGGUCGUUGAUAAAAUUACUGUUGUAACAUCUAAUAAAGAAAAUCAAAAAUCAAAAGAUGGUUUCUUCAUAGUAGAUGAGAAUUGCAAGGUGUUUGUUGAUCGUGGAUCUACUAUUGAUUUUGAAAAAUACAAGAGAAGUUUACAGUUUCAAGUCUUUCAUAAAAAUAACUUAAUAUACAAAACUAUGGCUUCUAAUCUGUCUUAUCAAAAUGAUUUGGCAAGGUUGUCUGCUGAACUUAAAAAUUUUUAUCUUAAGUAUUAUGGAAAAAUUGGUGAACUACAACCGCUAUUACAAGAAAUUGGUGAACUACAACCGCUAUUACAAGAAAUUGGUGAACUACAACCGCUAUUACAAGAAAUUGGUGAACUACAACCGCUAUUACAAGAAAUUGGUGAACUACAACCGCUAUUACAAGAAUCUGCAAAAUUAAAUCAAAAGAGAAAUCUGAUAAAUAAGACUUUUGAUUUUAGUGUUGAACAAAAUUUAUUUUUUGAAAACCAAAUGAGUUAUACACCAAUUAAAUAUAGUGAAAUAUUUUCAAAUGAAAAAUCAGUAAUAUUAAUAUCUGGAAUAGCUGGUAUUGGGAAAACAUGGUUGCUUAAAAAAUGUUUGCUUGAUUGGUCAAAUGGUUUAAUUUGGAAAAAUGUUAAACUUGUUUUUUAUUUGGAAUGCAGGAGACUCAAUCAAUAUCCAAAUAUUUCUAAUAUUAAUGAAUUACUAAAUGUUUUCUACAAAGAUAUUGUAAAUGACUUUAAAUUGAGUAGUCAUACUACACUGUUUAUAAUUGAUGGAUUAGAUGAGUUUAAAUAUUUCAAUGAGUUAUUAAAUCCAAGUUUGACUUGUAACUAUCCAAUUGUUAAUGCUUUCGCAGAAAUUACAAAAUACAAAUAUGUAGUUGCUGGUAGAGUUUAUGCAAUAGAUCAAUACCAAAGUAUAUCUACAAAACAUAGCCAUAAGUUAACCAUUCAAAUAAUGGGGUUUAAUGAAAAUAAAAUAAAUAAUUAUAUAGAAAAUCAUGUUGUGGAAGAAAAAAAAGAAGUUGUAAAAUCAACUUUAAAGGAGUCUCCAAUUGCAAAAGUCAUGGCAUCUGUUCCGUUUUAUUUAUCUUUAAUGUGUAAAACUAUAAGUGAUUCACAAAAUAUUGAUUCAAAUUCUUUCUUAACAUUGACAGAUUUGUAUGCAAAUAUUUUUUUAUAUUUUUUGCGAGAACACAUAAUUAAAAACAAUAAAUUGAUUUAUGAGAUAAUGGAAGAAAGUUCCAAUAAAAAUUAUAUUUUAAAUAUUUGUAAAAUUGCAUAUAAAUUGUUUGUUGAAAAUAAAAUAUUUUUUUCUGAAGAUGAAGUUCAAAGUUUUUAUAGUGACGUUGAUAAAAAUGAAAGCAAUUAUUUUGGAUUUAUAGAAAGGAUUGAAACAGAUCACGAUUGUUAUUAUCAGUUCGUAAAUUCAACAAUAAUGAUGUUUUGUGCAUCAGUAUAUGCAUAUAAUUGUUUAAGUUGUGAUGAGAUUCUGACCAAUAAGAAACUGAAGAGUUGCUUAUCAAUGAUUUGUGGAUUAGCCAAUAAAAACCAAAAUAAUUUAAUAAAGUUUCUUGUUAACCUGAAUCCUUCAAAAAACUCCAGUGAAAAAGCUUCACUUUUGUACUCCAUUUUGGAUCGUCUAACUGAAAGUGAUGACUUUAAAGACCGUGAUUUAUUCAUUGAAUGUUUUUAUGAAAGUAAAUCAUCAUUUAAUGAUGAAAUUAAAUCAAUGGUUGAUAAACGAAAGUGGUGGUUGAUUUCGAUUCACAAUGGAAAAACUUCUUACUUAACUUCUUGCGAAAAUUAUUUCAUAAAUCAUUACGUAAAAUCUGGAAGAAAGUUAUCGUUGUUAAUUGUUAAUAAAAAUAUUUUAAGUGAUGAAGAAAAAAAACUUUUAAUACAAUGUUCAACUAAUGUUCGCGAUGUCACCUUAUAUCGUCCAAUUAAUAUCGAAGGAUGGAAACCGAAAGAUAAGAUUGAAGAGUUGUGGAUAUGGCUUCCAGAUUAUUUAAUAACAAAAAAAGAUUUUGAAGAAAAUUUUCUUCCGUGGAUUAAUCUUUGUGAAAAAUUAAAACUUUUACUUCACGACGACAUUGAUUUUAUUAAUGAAUUUUAUGAAUGGAUUCGUUGUUCGAAUGUCAAGAAGUUUAGGAUCACGUACCGUAGAAAAUAUUUUUAUAACCUCGAUGAAUUAAAAAACUUUACAACACGAUAAAAUAUUUAAUACCUUAAAUAUAUUAAAUUAAAACAAUAACUAUAA